AUGUCAGGCAAGGAACCGGCUUACAGUUUAGUUUUUUAUCCUUCACCAAACAAAGAAAUAAAUACCGUUGCCAGUUUUCAAAAAGCUCUUGAAAAUGGCAACGAUGAGGAAAAAAUAGGAACCAUGAAAGAAAUUUUAGUUACUAUACUAGAAGGUAAUCCAUUACCAGAGUUAUUGAUGCACAUUAUUAGAUUUGUUAUGCCUUCAAAGGAUAAAAGAUUAAAAAAAUUAUUAUAUUUUUAUUGGGAAAUUGUUCCAAAAUUAGAUGAAAGUGGUAAGUUAAGACACGAAAUGAUUUUAGUAUGUAAUGCGAUCCAACAUGAUUUGCAACAUCCAAAUGAAUAUAUUAGAGGUAGCACUUUGAGAUUUUUAACAAAAUUAAGAGAAGCAGAAUUAUUAGAGCAAAUGGUUCCCUCUGUUUUACAAUGUUUAGAGUAUCGUCAUGCUUAUGUUCGAAAAUACGCUAUUCUAGCUGUCUUAUCCAUUCACAAAGUUAGUGAACAUUUGUUACCUGAUGCUAAAGAAAUUAUCCAUACGUUCUUAUCAGCUGAAACUGAUCCAAUUUGUAAAAGAAAUGCAUUUUUAGGUCUUUGUGAAUUAGAUCGUGAACUGGCUCUACAAUAUUUAGAAGAAAAUGUAGCAAAUAUUGAUUCCUUAGAUCCUUUAUUACAAGUAGCCUUUGUUGAUUUUAUUAGAAAAGAUGCUACUGAAAUUCCUUCUUUAGUUAACCAAUACAUCGAUUUGUUAUUAGACCUUUUGGUCUCUACUUCAUAUCCAGAAGUUAUCUUUGAAACUGCUUUAACUUUAACAACUUUAUCAUCAAAUCAAAGCAUUUUAGUUAAGACAUGUACUAAAUUAAUUGAUCUUGCAGUUAAAGUUUCUGAUAAUAACGUCAAAUUAGUUGUUUUGGAUAGAGUCAGAGAUAUCAAUGAUAAGAACCCAGGUGCUUUAGAAGAAUUAACUUUAGACAUCUUACGUGUUUUGAAUACUGAAGAUACUGAUGUUCGUGAAAAGGUGCUAAGUAUUUGUAUGGAUCUUGCAUCUUCAAAGAACGUUGAAGAUGUCGUCCAAUUAUUGAAAAAAGAACUGCAAACUACUGUUAAUGAUGUCGAUAAAGAACGUUCUGUUCAAUAUAGACAGUUAUUGAUUAAGACUAUUCGUUCUAUUGCAGUUACUUAUAUUGAUAUGGCUGCUAGUGUGGUUUCAUUAUUAUUAGAUUUUAUUGGUGACCUCAAUUCAGUUGCUGCUACUGGUGUAAUAUCUUUUAUCAAGGAGGUAAUUGAAAGAUAUCCACAAUUAAAAACUGAUAUUUUGAAUCAUUUACUGAAUGCCUUAGAAAAUAUCAAAUCAGCUAAAGCAUAUCGUGCUGCAUUAUGGAUUCUCGGUGAAUUUUCAGAAACAAGUGAAGAUAUUCAAAGUUCUUGGAAGCAUAUACGUUUUAGUGUUGGUGAAGUCCCAAUUUUACAAGCUGAGUUAAAGAAAUUAUCUAAAAAUGCAGAAAAUAGAGAAGAUGAUGAAGAAGGAAUUGAUGAAUCCGCAAGAGAAACUAAAAAAGCCGCUGGUCCAAUUAUUUUACCAGAUGGUACCUAUGCAAUGGAAAGCUCCUUCGAUACAGUCAAAAAAAAUGCUAGUUCUGAUAAAAUUAAUGAGGAAAGUAUUCCACCAAUGCGUCGUUUCAUCUUGAAGGGUGAUUUUUAUACAUCUUCUGUCUUGGCUAGUACUAUUUUAAAAUUGGUAUUGAAAUUUGAAAAAGUUUCUAAUGAUAUUAGCAUUAUUAAUGCACUAAAAGCAGAAGCUUUAUUGAUAUUAGUUAGUAUCGUUAGAUAUGGUCAAAGUAAUUUAGCUGAAAAGAAAAUUGACGAGGAUUCAGAAGAAAGACUUUUGACUGGUGUUUCUAUUUUAAUGGAGGAAUCUAAUGAGAAGGAAAGUGCCAAGGAAAAUGAAUUAUUAAACAUGGUAUUUUUAGAUGCAACCAGAUCAACAUUCAAACAACAAAUUUCAUUAGCUAAAUCUAAAAACCAAAAGAAAUUUAUUCAAGAUUUGAAUAAAAAUGCUACUGUUAUUGAAAGCGCAAUUUCAUUUAGACAAUUAUCUGGUUCUAAUGUUAUUAAUGAAAAUAAAGACAGUAUUAAGAAAGACUUGGAGGUGGCUCUUAAAGGUGAAAAUAACACUUCUUCUCAAUCUUCUUCUAAGUCUUCAUUAAAGAAGAUUGUUCAAUUAACAGGUUUCUCAGAUCCUGUAUAUGCAGAAGCCUAUAUUAAAAAUAAUCAAUUUGAUGUUGUAUUAGAUGUAUUAUUAGUUAAUCAGACCAAAGAGACUUUGAAAAAUUUGCAUGUGCAAUUCGCUACGUUAGGUGAUUUAAAGAUUAUUGAUAAUCCACCAAAAACUAAUGUUGUUCCACAUGGUUUCCACAGAUUAACUGUUACCGUCAAAGUUUCUUCUGCUGAUACAGGUGUUAUUUUUGGGAAUAUUAUAUAUGAUGGUGCACAUGGUGAAGAUGCUCGUUAUGUGAUUAUGAACGAUUUGCAUGUUGAUAUUAUGGAUUACAUUAAGCCAGCUAUCACAGACGAUGAAAAUUUCCGUACAAUGUGGAAUGAAUUUGAAUGGGAAAAUAAAAUUUCUGUUAAAUCUCACCUUUCUUCGUUACAUGAUUAUUUGGAUACUUUAACCAAAGGAACAAAUAUGGGCAUUUUGACACCAAAGGAAUCAUUAGGUGAAAAAGAUUGUAGAUUUUUGAGUUGCAACCUAUAUGCUAAAUCAUCAUUUGGUGAAGAUGCUCUAGCCAAUUUAUGUAUAGAAAGAGAUCCAGUUACUGAAAACAUUAUUGGGUAUGUGCGUAUUCGUUCUAAGGGACAAGGUUUGGCUUUAUCCUUAGGUGAUAGGGUUGCUAUGAUAUCAAAACAAACUAAUAAAGUGAAAGUCACUCGUGUUUGA